UUGAAUUUUCAAGUUAGUAUGUUGAAUUUUCAAGUUAGUACGUUGAAUUUUCAAGUUAGUAUGUUGAAUUUUCAAGUUAGCAACUCGAAUUUUCAAAUUAGUUACUUGAAUUUUCAAGUUAGUAUCUUGAAUUUUCAAGUUAGUACGUUGAAUUUUCAAGUUAGUAUGUUGAAUUUUCAAGUUAGCAACUCGAAUUUUCAAAUUAGUUACUUGAAUUUUCAAGUUAGUAUCUUGAAUUUUCAAGCUAGUAUGUUGAAUUUUCAAGUUAGUAUGUUGAAUUUUCAAGUUAGUAUGUUGAAUUUUCAAGUUCGUAUGUUGAAUUUAGUAACUUGA